UCCUCUGCACGCCAAGGGCCCCGAGCUGAUGGCUCAGCAUGUCCACCAGUAACAACAUAGUCCAGGCCCGGAAGCUGGUGGAGCAGCUGCGCCUCGAAGCUGGCAUCGAGCGCAUCAAGGUGUCCAAAGCCUCGUCCGAGCUGAUGAGCUACUGUGAGCAGCAUGUGCGCAGUGACCCCCUGCUCGUGGGCGUGCCCGCCUCCGAGAACCCCUUUAAGGACAAGAAGCCGUGCACCAUCCUAUAGCCCCCCACCCAGGCCACCACCUCCUGCACCCCGGCCCCCGGCAGGCCCUGCCGGCCAGCUGUCUCACCCAGGCCCCCACUCGGCGUCUCAUGUGGCCUAGACUUCCUAACCAUGUGCAUGCCAUGUCCCACGUGUGCCCCCCGGGAAGGAAUGGAUCUCCCCACCCAACGACACAGCCCCCUUCUCUCGGCCAGGACCCCACAGCUUCCCCCAGAGGCGCCUGAGCAGGGGUAACG